ACUCGCACCGCACCCGGUGCCGCCGUCGCCGCAGUCGCACUUCGCAGUCAGUACUCAGUACGCCGUCAACCGCACCGAACGUCGUUUGCUCGCGGUCGACUGUCAUCACGCACCGGUGCUGUACUCGUCGUCGUUGUCGCCGUGUUUUGUUGUAGCUUUUAUUUCUUCGCGCGACCGCCCUCCCCUAUCACAUACACCCCAAUCGAUAAUGCCGUACGCCGCUACCACGAUCGUUUCGGCGAUGUCGUCCGGAUAGAGGUGGUCCCUUUUAGGCUCUCCAAACGAAAUAAUAAUAUACUUACCGUAUUAUCAAGACUACCUCCCAUAAUCGCUAUAAAUCCAUUGCCGCCGCGUGUGCGCUCGUGUAAAUGUUUGUGAACCGUCAACAGAACCAGCUCGGUAGCGCAGUCGUAACCACCACCGUCGGACGUACCAGGAGGCCCAGAACGAUCCCGCCGGGAUACUCAUUCUAAGGCUCUGGGAUCGAAAUCGUCUGAUGCUUCUGCCAACAAAUGUUUUAGCCGAUGAAAAUUAUGUAACCGAGGAAGAAGACGAUUAUCAGUGGUGGACCGAGGAGGACCUGUGGAAGUUUCCCCCGCCGCCUCCCCGUCCACCGUUCCUGGAGCCCCCUUAUCCGGACGGCCUGACCACUUGCGACCUGUGCACAUGGGCCCUACAACCUCUAGACGGCACUGACAACGGUAUGUUGACAGUUCCCAUUGCCGAGGUGACGUGGCCCAUGAUAUUGGUCCUAGUGUCGUUGCUGUCCGCCGCCAUCGGCGCCCUCUUCAUGGUCGUCUUCCUACACCUAAAACUACGGCUUUCCGGACGCACAGCACCAUCUCGGCCAGAGUGUUUGGUGUCGUUCGAUCCGCCCACGGACCGAGUUCACCACCAUCACCACCAUCAGCAAUUGCACCACCACCAGCGGCAGAUCGCCCAGAUAGCGGCGGGGGACCACCACCACCUGAACCACCUGAACCACUUGAACCAUCUGAACAACCUGAACAACCGUCGCGCCGGUCCGAUCGUCCGGCGGUCCGGCGGCCCGGACGGCACGUCGUCCAUCAAACACAACGGACCGGGACGGCCGUCGGGCGGCGGUGCUCGUAACGGCGUCGGCGGUGGCGGUGGCGGGGGCGGGGGAGUCGGCGGUGGUGGCAUCGGGAGCCUGAUCGGCGGGGGCGACGACAGCGGUGUCGGCGGCGGCGGCGGUGGCGGCGUCGGUCAUCAGCUGUCCGUGAACCCGGGCGAUUGGUUCCGGUGGUUCCGGCGGAAACGCGGCGCCGUGCUGCCACCGGACGCCGUGCCGUCCAAUCAGAACGCCGUCCGGGCCAACCAUUACACGGUCGAAGAAGCGGCUGCCGCCAUACCGGUGGUGGUGUACGCGUCCGUCAUCGGCGGCGGCCAAGACGACGGGCCGCACAACAUGUCGCCGCCGUCGCUGUCCCUGUCCUCGGCGGCCGACGACGUGCUGUACACCGAGCUGGACCGGGUGCCGACGCCCGCUUACCACAACGCCGGUUACGCGUUCGACCAGCACAGCAGCGCCUAUUACUCGGACAUGUACGAGCCAAUCGACCCUUACCACAACCAUCACAACCAUCAGCGGCAGAACUCGCUGCCGUCCGACUACGUCUGAUAUUACGCCCGACACGCGCCGCCCGCGAAUCGCCGCCGUCGCCGCAGCCGACGACGACGAUCGCACGCCGCCGCACCACCGGUGCCGACGGUCUCGCGCGUGUAUCGUGAAAUAUUCAAAUAGAUCUAGUCGCUGUACGUUCUGCACGUCUACCGAAAAUGCUGUUUUACGGCCAUGCACUCUGAUGCACUAGUGCACUAUUUACGCUGCGACGUUAUCAUCGUGACCCCUCGACUUGAAAUGAUCAUUUCGUUGCAGAUCGAUAAAUCGAUCGAUUCCGGUAGCCGUUCUAAUAUUAAUAAUCAUCACACCUGCGAGGACGCAAAUGUCUCAACUAACGUCUAACCAUUCGCCGAUGUCGAUCGCACGUAACGCGAUCUACUACUGAAAAAAAAAAAAAGGAAGCAAAACAACUUCAAAACGGAUGAAUACAACACCUGAGCGAAAAUCACACUACGUCG